GGGAAAGGUCUUCCUACAAGAAGCUCGCAAGUUUCAUUUUUCAGAUUUCCAGGACCUAUUACUCUUUUGUAUGGAAAACAGAGAGGUCAUGACCACCACUUGCAUGGAUCGGAAUCUCUAUAAUGCUGCAGCAAAAGGCAACAUCACGAAUUUCAAAGACCAUAGCUUUGAACGGCCACUAGAAGCCUUAUUAACACCAAACAAAAAUACAGUCCUCCAUAUUUCCAUCACAGCCCUCGAAAAUCGGAUAGAAUCAACAGAAAAUAACUUUGUGAGAGAUAUACUCAACAUGUGUCCCUCGCUUUUAUGUCAAGUCAAUGUCAAAGAUGAAACUCCAUUACAUGUCGCAGCAAGGUAUGGGCAUGCUAAUAUUGUUAAAGUUCUGAUCGAUUGUGCAAGAGAUCAUCCACAUAAUCAAGAUGUUGAAAAUGGGGUUGAAGCAGUCAGGGAUAUGCUUAGGAUGGUGACCAAGGUGAAGGACACAGCCUUACAUGAGGCUGUACGUUAUAAUCACCUUGAAGUGACAAAACUUUUAAUCAAGGAAGACCCAGAUUUUUCAUAUACUGUUAAUGAUGUCGGGGAGACUCCACUCUACAUUGCCACUGAGAGAAACUAUGAAGAAUUGGUGAAAGAAAUUCUGCACAACUGCAAAUCACCCGCUUAUGAUGGCCCCUUAGGUAGAACGGCUUUGCAUGCUGCAAUUAUUUGGGAUAACAGAGAAGCGACCGACAAAAUUCUGAAAAAAAUUGGAGGAGCCAUAACUAAAAAAGCAGACCAAGAAGGUUGGACUCCACUGCACUUGGCUGCAUACUUAGAUCAAUCGAAUUCUACAGAGCUGUUGCUGGGACAUGAUUCACAAGUAGCAUAUAUGAAAAACAAAGAGGGGAGGACACCUGUUCACAUUGCAGCUCAUCGUGCCAAUGAGCGGCUCAUGAAAAUGAUUAUAGAUAGGUGUCCAGAUUGUUGCGAACUGGUUGACAACAGAGGCUGGAAUGCGUUGCACUUUGCGGUGGAGGCCAAUCGGCCAGAUUCCGUAGUGGGAUUGAUCCUUGAAAAUUCAUCUUUCAGCAAUCUUUUGAACGAGAAGGACGACGAAGGGAACACUCCUCUCCAUCACCAAUAUUCCCUCUAUUUCAAGUACGCGAAGAAGAAUCUCAUGGAUCACCCCAGAGUAGAUAAGAUGGCCUUCAACAAAAAUAACCAUAAUGCUUAUCAAGUCACUUUAACUAGUGAUAAGUUAUCGACAAAAGAGAAGAUGAAAAUUUGGUUAAAAUCUCGACGUCAUUCGAGAAGGGUAUUCGUUGAGCAUGAACCAAAAUUCAGAGAAGAUCUUCGAAAAGACUUGAAGAGGAGAAGGAAAGAAUAUUUGGACGAAGCGGCUGAAACACACUUGGUAGUAGCUGCCCUCAUAACAACCGUGACCUUUGCCGCAGCAAUAACCAUGCCUGGUGGUUUUGUUGGUACUGGAGGUGACCCACAUUAUGAAGGCUCUGCAAUUUUGAGGAGAAAUGUUGCUUUUAAAGUGUUCAUUAUCACUGAUGCCAUAUCCUUAGUACUAUCUAGUUCUGCUGUUGCUACCCAUCUAUUCCUGCCAGUUUUGGUGAUCUGGAAUUCUGAAUCUGAUAAAACUCGUCAAGCUUUACUCGAACUAGCCUACGGGUUUAUUUUGAUGGCCAUGGGAGCAAUGGUGCUGGCAUUUAUCACUGGUGCAUAUGCUGUGUUAGCACAUUCCUUAGAUCUUGCCAUUACCACUUGUGUUAUUGGGUCAUUCUCCUUCCUAAUCAUCUCUUUUAUAUGUGGAAUGUACAACAAGGAUCUAGGUAUAGAUGCAUUUAUAUCUAGGAAGUACAAGAGGCUUAAAAGAUGCAUUAAAAGUUGGCCAAGACCAUUUCGUGCAGUGUAAGGUGGACGGUUUCAUCAAUACCGGGAAGUCCCCUAUUUAGAUAUAAGGAUUAGGAUAUGGUUUAAGGCCGCAAAGGGAUUAAUGAACUUUAUAUUCUAAUGCUUUUUUUUUUUUUUUUUGAAAGUCUGAUUUAUAAUUUAGAAUUUUUUUUAGAUUUUUUACCUUUCAAAGACUUUUUAUGCUUUACCAUAUGGCAUGUCAUGUACGAGUAUGAUGAUAUAAUGGCAAUUUCCUUA